AAAUGUUUAAACAGCUGCCUCCUAAGUGAGUACCAGUUGUUUGCAAGGCAUGACAAGUUCAAGUUGAAAAUUUCAAAAAAUUACACAAAAAAAUGAUUCCAAACUCUGCAAAGCUUUUUGGAAUACUGGGCAGUACCUCUCAUCCAGAAAUUCUGGCAAAUUCAGUAAAAGGUGUGCUCAGCACUUCACUCGUGAGAAAUAAUAGCCAGGCGUGUUUACAAUCGGUUAAAUCACUGUUUGAUUCAAAUAAAUCUUCACUUUCAGUUCCAAACAAUGUAGGCCAAGUUCGAAACGAAAGCUCAUGUGGAGGGCAGACCCUCUGUGAAUCUACAAAAGGCACUUGUUCUUCUUUAAGCCAACAAAAAUUUACCCAGGCUUUUAUGAAAAAGAAACCAGGAGGUAUAACCCUUCCACCGCAAAAAUGCGGUUAUAUCAAACCCGAACAGAAGCCUUGUGAUGACUUGCCUUGUAUUGAAAAAUGCUGCCCGGUUAGCUGUCGGAUUAAAGAUCCCUGUUGCACCCACAAGUGUAACGCUAUACCGUGCCCUCCUGUAAAGGAGCUGAAAUGUUGCAACAAACGGCCGUGUUGCCCGAAUGACGAUUUUGGCAAAAACCAAUGCUGUAAGGAACCGCCGACACCUAGGAUACACAGGUGCGACCAGGAAGGCGCGUGCAAUGAUCCUUGCUGUUCGAGGGUCCCCUGCUGCAAAAAGGAAGAGAAACUAGCUACAUGCGAUGAAUUUGAUGUUGGUGGAGAUCCUCUAGAGAGGCCUUGCCCCACUCACCCUUGCGAUGUCAAAGGUGCAGCUUGUGAUCUGAUGGGAGCAGAGGAGAACGACUGUUGUGCAGAUAAAAUGAAAAGGGACGCUUGUGACGAAGGCCCCUGUCCCAGGAGGACCAAGUGUGAAAGGAAAAAGCCUAAAUCGUCCAACCAGAUAUGUCUCAAUUUGGACUCGAACUGGCCCCCCAAAAGAUCAUGUGGUAAAAAACCACAGAAAGAUCCUUGCACCCCAUGCCAAAGAGAUUGCAAACCACACAAACACAAAUUUGAUGAUGGACUAUGCUGAAGUGGAAUAUGAUUGAUUGGCUUUAGCUGCUAAUUGUGCUCUCAAUAAAAGUUUUGGAAUCAUA